AUGUCGUCGAAGAAAACACUAGUUCGAAAUCUCUUCAACAUUUCCAAAACAUAUUCCCGGAUCUCGGGUCUUACCCGAAUGCGUCCUCCGACCAAACCGGGCAUUACUCCUGACGCCGGAGAUUCUGGAAUCCGCCGGAGAUUUCUCCACAAGAAGGCCUUUUCCUCGCCGGAUUUUGUUCCAAGAGGGGGCAAUCUGAUGGAGAAACUCAGGGAGCUGACUUUAUCGAACAAUCGGCUUCGCCUUGAUGAGAUGUUACCGCCGCCGACGCCGGAGAAGACGUCUCCGUCAAAUUUCCCGGCGGUUACGGUGGAUGACGUGAAGAAGCUUAUGAGAGCAGCGGAAAUGGAGAUGGUGAAAUCGAAGCUGAGAGAGAUUGGGAAAAACUGGGUUCCGUUGUCGGAGUUUGUCCGAGUAUGCGGAGAAAACAGUUCGGAUCCUGAACAAGGUAACCGGGUCGCCAAUAUGCUCGACCAAGCUGGAAACGUCAUCGUUUUGGGAAAUUUCGUCUGCCUUAAACCCGAAGAGCUAACAAGCGCCGUGGCUGGCCUAAUUCCGACAAACGAACCCACUCGCGACGCUGCGACAAUACAAGAGUUCGAGCAACUUGAGAUUAUAAAAGCAGAUAUCGACAAAAGAGCCGAUGAUAUGGUGCGGCGAGAGUUAAUGGCCGGACUAGGCUUUGCUGUGGCCCAAACGAUUGGAUUUUUUAGGUUGACGUUUUGGGAACUGUCUUGGGACGUGAUGGAGCCCAUAUGCUACUACGUAAGUUCCACGUAUUUCAUGGCUGGUUACGCCUUCUUCAUCCGAACCGCAAAGGAACCUACCUUCCAAGGGUUUUACAAAAGCCGGUUCCAGACCAAGCAGAAACGGUUGAUUAAAAAGCUUGAUUUCGAUAUCGACCGCUUUACCAAGCUACAGAAGAUGCAUCGUCCAGACUUUACUAAAUCUGGUCGUUGUUGAUCGUAAUAUUUUUGUUGGUUGAUUAUCUUCUAAUUCGGAUACCAAUUACAAGUAUAAACGUCUAAAAGUUUUAUAGAGAUUAAAUAAACUUAGAAGGAUCUUUUCUUUUUCACAAAACACACUUUGGUUUGCACCUAGCUAUAUAAAGAGAGAGAGAGAGAGAGAGAGAGAGAGAGAGAGAGAGAGAGAGAGUUGUACUCGCUUGGAGAGAGAAUUUUAAUCUCUAGUGGAGACUCGCUUGGCAUGCCAAGGAGCUCCUAAAAAUUUGCACGUAAAGAGA